AUGCCUCGUAAUCAUGGGUUUGGCUCGAAACCUCGCAGUAAGGCUCAGAAGGCCAUCUUUCAGCAGAUCCAGCCCCUCGGCACUCAGCUAGCAGCUGCUGGCUACCAUUCUCGCUGCAAUGGGGCAUGUCUUGUAGCGGCGCAGCCACCAUAUUUCGCGGACCGGGAGUCACCAGUGCCGUCUUCGUCUGGCGCCGUGGUGCCGACAAAACUUGGUCUCGAAGCAGCAUUCGAAGAAUUGCGCAGGAAGAUUUGGAACCUCGGGAGACAGAUUGAGAGGGCUAGAAAAGGAAGGGAUAAGCUCCAGGCAAAAGUCGUCCAAUUGAAGGCAGCGCUAAAACUGGGUAGGGUUACCCGGGCUGAAGAGCUGAAGCGCAAAGCCAGGGAGGAGGAGGCCGAUCGUGAACGGAAGAAAGCCAAGCAUGAUGAGUACCAUACCAAGGUCGAUUCCAUCGACGUUCAACUUAUGCCGGGAUACUGGGAAAGUGCUGAUAAUGCCAAGAGUAUUACUCUUGAUAGGAUACGGCUUCAGCUUGCUUGGCUUCGCGCAAGGAAAGUCCACGUUCCGGCUGGUCUUUCUUCUGCGAAGAAGGCUGAUGCACUCAAGGGACUGAUCGACAUCCUUAGCGGUCUGCCUCCGGAAACCGCACGGGAACUCACUCAAGCCUUAGCGAAGGACCGGGAGCUGUGUCCGAAGGAGCUGCGUAGUCGCUUCAGAGCGGACCCGUGUAUGGUUGUGGUCUGCCCGACGAAGGCUCUUGAAUCAGAACAGCAGUCCAAGUUCGAGGCCACCGGCCUUACAACUGUGGUCAUCAAUGCCGACACCACUCGAGCGAAAGGCGUGAACACUGACCCUUGGCAAAGGGCGCGAUCGAACACGGCUGUUAUCCUGCUCUCCCCGGAGCAGCUAUCUACGUCGGGAUUCCGAGGUCUGGUCAAUGACAAGACGUUCACCGGUCGUCUCAUGGCGCUCAACGUCGACGAGGCGCACCUACUCUGCAGCUGGGGCAACCAGUUUCGCACGUCAUUCAAAAACAUCGGCCACGUUCGUGCACACUCCGGUCAUCAUCGCGUUAACUGCGACGAUCUGCACCGGUCCUCAGAUGGACUCGGUCUGCCGCUUCUCGGGCCUGCACGAGGGUGA